CGCUCAGCCUCAGGCUGCUGGUUGGUACGUUCCGUACCUUCGCGGGGUCGUUAUUGUCACGUGAUCAUUGGUGUCUCUGUUCCAGCCUUCCACCCCGGAGCCCUGGCGGGCAGGCAGCCAUCAUGGACGUGGCAUACAUCUGUGAGUGGGACAGAAAACCACGGACCAGCCACUGCCCCUCCAUCCCCCUAGUAUGUGCCUGGUCUUGCCGCAACCUCAUUGCCUUCACCACAGACCAGCGCAAUGAAGAGGAGAAAGAUCUUACCCACAUGAUUCACAUCCUGGAUACAGAACACCCUUGGGACGUCUACUCCAUUAAUUCGGGCCACCAGGAAGUCAUCACUAGCUUGGAGUGGGACCAGUCUGGAUCCCGCCUUCUUUCAGCUGAUGCAGAUGGGGUGAUAAAAUGUUGGGGUAUGACUGACCACUUAGCAAAUAGCUGGCAGAGCUUAGUGGGAAGUGAAGUUGAUGGUGACCCUAUUGUCGCACUCUCUUGGCUUCAUAAUGGGGUGAAAUUGGCACUUCACGUGGAGAAGUCUGGAGUUUCCAGUUUUGGCGAGAAAUUUUCUCGUGUAAAGUUUUCCCCAUCCCUCACCUUGUUUGGAGGCAAACCAAUGGAAGGCUGGAUCGCUGUUACUGUCAGUGGAUUGGUGACUGUGUCUUUGCUAAAGCCCAAUGGACAAGUGUUGACAGCCACAGAAAGCCUGUGCCGCCUUCGUUGCAGGGUGGCACUGGCUGACAUUGCCUUCACAGGAGGUGGGAACAUUGUAGUAGCCACAUGCGAUGGAAGCAGCACGUCCCCAAUACAGUUCUAUAAAGUCUGUGUGUCUGUUGUGAGUGAAAAGUGUAAAAUCGACACCGAGAUCCUUCCGUCCCUCUUCAUGCGCUGCACCACAGAUCCUGCACGCAAGGACAAGUUUCCCGCAGUGACACAUCUCAAGUUCCUUGCUCGAGAUAUGUCUGAGCAGGUGCUCCUUUGUGCCUCUAAUCAGUGUUCCAGUGUAGCAGAGUGCUGGUCCCUGAGGAAAGAGGGGCUUCCUCUUAAUAAUAUUUUCCAGCAGUUGUCCCCCGGUGUAAGUGAUAAGCAACCAAUGAUCCUGAAGUGGCGGAUAUUGUCUGCUACCAAUGAGCUAGAGCGCGUUUCUGCUGUGGCAUUGCCCAAGUUACCCAUUUCACUUACUAACACGGACAUCAAAGUUGCGAAUGACACAAAGUUCUAUCCUGGUUUAGGUCUUGCCCUUGCAUUCCACGAUGGCAAUGUGCAUAUUGUGCACAGACUGUCCCUACAGACAAUGGCUGUCUUAUUUGGUUCCUCUAUGCGGCAAUCUGAAGAACCCAGCUUAAAACGCCAGCGAUCUCCUACCCCAUGUGUACACUUUAAGGCUUUACAGAUGUCUUGGACCUCUCUCGCUUUAGUUGGCUUGGACACUCAGGGAAAGCUUAGUAUGCUGAGGGUCUCACCUUCCAUGGGACAUGCACUUGAUAUGACUACGUCACUUCGCCAUCUACUCUUCCUUCUCGAGUACUGCAUGGUGACAGGCUAUGACUGGUGGGACAUUCUGCUUCAUGUACAGCCAAAUAUGGUACACAAUUUAGUAGAGAAGCUGCAUGAGGAGUACACCAAACAGAAUGCUGCGCUGCAACAGGUGAGAGCGCGCUCUCUAGGUAGACACUGA